AUGGUGAUAAAAUGUUCUACACUUGUAAAAACUACGUUAGCUCUGUUGAUUCCAUUAACGAAACUCUAUCGGAACGACCUGAUUUCAAGGUUACGGAGUAUGAUGAAUCUUCGGCUUCGAAACGUUUAUAUUUUACCGACAGUCAUCUUGCUCUGUUUGCUGUUGGGAUUAUUUUCCCAUUUUUCCCAAGUGUUUCCCCAGGGCAAGUUGACUCCAGCCUACACGAACCAGAAACUCAUGAAUUGUGAUGCGAGGCAACGGCUACCCAGUUGUAUUAUUAUAGGUACACCGAAGUCGGGUACGAAAGCAUUACUUGAGUUUAUUGGGGUGCACCCUGCUGUUGCCGUAGCCGAGGGAGAACCGAAAUUUUUCCACAGAGAUGAUAAUUACCAGAAAGGGAUGAACUACUACGUGGAAAAAAUGCCUUUAUCUUGUCCAGACCAGAUCACAAUGGAAAAAUCACCGGAAUAUUUCUAUAGUGACAAAGCACCAUUUCGGAUACAUAAAAUGAAUAGAACUAUCAAGUUGAUUCUGAUUGUUAAAAAUCCUGUGGAUCGUUCUAUAUCGGAAUACAUCCACCGACGAACUCACCACAGCGGAAAAGAAGCAAAACAUUCGUUUGAAGAGAUCGUUUACGACGAUAAAACCCAGAAACUGAACGUAGGAUAUUACCCCAUCGCCAAAUCGGUCUAUUAUCGCUAUCUCAUCCGCUGGUUGCAAUAUUUUCCACUAAACCAGAUUCACGUAGCAGACGGUAGCAAACUGAUUGUAGAUCCGCAAGAAGAGCUGCUCAAAGUUCAAGAUUUUCUCGGUCUAAAGAGGUUAAUUUCCAGGGAUAACUUUAUAUAUAAUAACACCAGGGGAUUCUACUGUUUGUUAAUAAACUCUGAAUCGAAAUGUUUGCCACCAAAUAAGGGUCACCGAAACGUAAGCACAAGCAAGGUAAUAGCAAAAGAAAUGACUAAAUACUUUAAGCCAUAUAACGAUAUGUUUUUCCAGCUCAUAAAGAGGAAUCUAUCAUGGACUUAA